AUGGUCGCGGAGGCGGCCGCACUCUCAGUCUGCAGCCCUGAGGUUGACACGGCCGGGCCACAACUUCCGGUCCCUCGCACCGGAAGGGGACUCAUUGUAACAACUUCCCCCAACCCUCCCCUUCCGCCUCCCACAUCACCUUCCUGCCUCCCCCCACUUCUGCUCCCGCCUCCAGCGGGGUCCCGGACCAUCCAUCGCCGGAGACACGCGCCUUCAAAGCGCUCCAUUCCCCGGGAAACGCCCGGCUCCGGCGCAUGCGCGACUUUCUGCGCAUGUGCGCCAGACGCAGAGGCGGAAGAUGGCGCGCCUAGCUUCCCCACGCCGUUCUAUGGACACGUGGGUCGCGGCGCCUUUAGCGACGUGUAUGAGCCCGCAGAGGACACAUUCCUGCUGCUGGACGCGCUCGCGGCGACAGCUGAGCUAGCAGGAGUGGAAAUAUGCCUUGAAGUAGGGUCAGGAUCUGGUGUGGUGUCUGCAUUCCUGGCCUCUGUGAUAGGUCCUCAGGCUUUGUACAUGUGCACCGAUAUCAACCCUGAGGCAGCAGCUUGUACCCUGGAGACAGCACGCUAUAACAAAGUUCACAUUCAACCAAUAAUUACAGAUUUGGUCAAAGGCCUGCUGCCAAGAUUGAAAGAAAAAGUUGAUCUUCUGGUGUUCAAUCCGCCCUAUGUAGUGACUCCCCCUGAAGAGGUAAGACAUACAACAAAUUUUAAUUACUAAUAUUCUCAGCUAUUUUGUGUCUAAAAUAA